AUGAUGAAUGAUAUUUGUAGUUUUAUAAAUGAAUUGAAACCAGUGCUGGUGAUGGUUGCGGUUCAAGUGGUAUAUGCAGGAGGAACUAUAUUUUACAAACUGGCAGUUAUAGAUGGAAUGAACUCCAGUAUUAUUGUUGCUUAUAGAUUCAUUAUCUCCACUGCAAUUAUGCUCCCCUUUGCUUUCUUUGUAGAAAGGAAGAAAAGGCCAAAACUAAAUUUGAAGAUACUCUUUCAAGCUUUCCUUGGUAGCUUACUUGGGUGUACACUUCAUCAACUUCUAUACUUGGAGAGCAUGGCCUUAACAUCAGCAACAUUUGUGACAGCAAUGCUUAACCUAAUUCCAGCUAUCACUUAUAUUUUGGCUCUUUCUUUUAGAUUAGAGAAGGUGGCCGGAAUAUGGACGCCGGCUGGGAAAGCGAAAGUGGUGGGAACAUUGAUGGGAAUAGUUGGGGCGAUGGUGCUCACAUUUUGCAAGGGAGUUGAGAUUAAGAUUUGGUCAACAAAUAUAAACCUUCUGCAUCAAAAUGCACCACAGGCGCACCAUUCAGAAUCUACCAUUAAAACCCUCUUCGGCUGUUUAAUGUCUGUGGGAGGUUGCUUUUUGAUUGGUAUCUGGUUGAUCAUUCAGGCUAAAAUGAGUGAACAAUAUCCAUGUCAGCAUUCAAUCACAGCUUUGGUGUCUCUAAUGGCAGCAAUGGAGUCAGUAGUUUUUGCCCUUUGCAAGGAAAAGGAUUUGAGUCAGUGGAAGUUAGGCUUCAAUAUUAGGCUCCUAACUGUAGCUUAUGUGGGAACUCUUUCUGCUGGUUUUGUGAUGAGCUUGACGUUUUGGUGUGUGCAAAAGAAGGGACCUUUUUUUGUUUCUGUAUUUGGCCCUCUUAUGCUUGUGGUGGUGGCUUUUGUUGCUUCAUUAAUUCUGGGCGAGAGCCUACACUUGGGCAGCAUACUAGGGGCAAUCUUGAUCAUAUGUGGGUUAUAUGCCGUGCUGUGGGGCAAAGCAAAAGAGACGAAGAAGAUAACUCAACUAAUGCCAUUGAAAGACUCUGGAGAAUCUCAGUCGACCGAGAUUGUUAUCAACUCUCUGACUGAAAACACUUCCAACGAUAUUAAGAAUUAA